AUGCAAGGAGAGAGCUGGAGAAGUCAUGGGACGGAAAUGACUGGUGAGACUGGUGAGACUGGUGAGGGGGAAGGGGAGGAGAGCGAGGAGGGGAGUGAGGAGGAGGAAACGGAGGAAGGAAGUGAAGAAGAAGUGACAGAGGAAGGGAGUGAGGAGGAGGGAACAGAGGAAGUGACAGAAGAAGUGACAGAGGAAGGGACUGAGGAGGGAACAGAGGAAGUGACAGAAGAAGUGACAGAGGAAGGGAGUGAGGAGGGGAGUGAGGAGGAAGGAACAGAGGAAGUGACAGAGGAAGGGAGUGAGGAGGUGACUGGGGAGGCAGAAGAAACAGAGGGAGAGACGGAGGGAGAGACAGAGGGAGAAACAGAGGGAGAAACAGAAGAGGAAACCGAGGGAACAGAAGGUACUGGGGAAACAGAGGAAACAGGAGCGACUGGCGAGACAGAAGAAACAGGGGAAGAGGAUGAAGAGGAAGAGGAAGAGGAGGAAGAGGAGGAGGAAGAGGAGGAAGAGGAGGAAGAGGAGGAAGAGGAGGAAGAGGAGGAGGAAGAGGAGGAAGAGGAAGAGGAGGAGGAGGAGGAGGACGAUGAAGAGGAAGAGGAGGAAGAGGAGGAAGAGGAGGAAGACAACGGGAAGGAGGAGGAGGAGGAGGAGGAGGAGGAGGAGGAGGAGGAGGAGGAGGAGGAGGAGGAGGAGGAGGAGGAGGAGGAGGAGGAGGGGGGAGAAAGGGAGAGUGGAGGGAUGGGAGGAGGUGGAGGGCCAAUUUGGGAGACAGACGAGGAGCUGAGUCAACCAGCAGUGAGCAUGGAGAGACGGGAGGAGGAACAACCAAGUACAGCAGAGGGCCAAGCACCCCCGCCAGCAGCACAAGAACCAACGAGUGCAGCAGCUGACGCGUCUGCAUCGCCUCCCAAGUCAGCGAAAAGAGGAGGAUGGCUGGAGAACCUCUGGGGCAAGUAG